AGGAACCACUGCUCCUCAUAAUCUUAAUCCAAGCUCAAAGUUCAGCAAACCAACACCUUCAAGAUGCAAACAGCUUUAACCUUUGCUGUCCCGAACGUUGUGCCUUUGGCACCCACAAAGACUGUCACCCAUCUCACCAACUUCCCUACCAAAUUGAAAACCCCACGCCCCUCCCCUCGUUACUCUCCGAUAAGGGUUGCAACUGUGGAUCCCGACACUUCAACAGUGGACUACAACUCGGCCUUCUCAGUGUUUCCAGCAGAAGCAUGCGAAACUGUAGGAGGGGAAGCCUGCAUGGCAGAGAUGUACCCUGAAGCCAAGCUGCAGCCACAAGCUAAGAACGACACACCACGAACAGCUACAGAGAACGUUGAGAGAGAGUAUCUUGAAUACAAUGAUCCUCAAACGGUAUUUCGGGGAGAGGCUUGUGAUGAUCUUGGAGGAACUUUCUGUGAGCCCGAGUUUCAGAAGAAUGUAUAUUAGACCAAACACAAAAUCUUCAUGUUUUCAUGCCUACUUAACUUUUCAUAUCAACUUAUGUGUUUGGUUGUACAUAGUUAUAGACUCUUUUGAGUUUCGUAUAAAUUUUACAAUAAUUAUACACUAAAUUUGAUA